UAGAAGAUACAAUAAAAUGAAAGAACUUUGGAGUGAAUGUGUAGUUGAAAGAGAAAAUCUUGUCUGGCAGAUCUGGAAACUCCCUUCAGGAUUAUGAGGAACUGGCUGAUCUGUAUUGUCCUAUUUCUUCUAUGGACAUGCUGCAUUUCCCAAGGUGAAAUAACAUGUGAACCACCUAAUAUUGCCCAUGGGAGAGUAAGAAAUUCAAAGCCCAUUUACCAGAAUGGUGAACGGAUACAAAUUUCUUGUAAUGAUGAAUAUAAACCUGCAGAUAGAGAUGACGCAACAUGCACGCAAGAUGGAUGGAACACAAGUGUUGAAUGUAUAGGUAUUGUAUGCCAACAACCACAAAUUGAUAAUGGGGACAUUAAACCAAAGCAAUCACUGUACCAAUAUCAAGACCAAAUUGAUACAUUCUGUGAUGAAGGAUAUAGUAACAGUGAUAGCUCUUUCUGCACUGCUAAAGGCUGGCAACCUCCUCCAGCAUGUACAGCAAAGCAGUGUGAAUAUCCCCAUAUUCAGAAUGGACGACUGUAUUACAAUGAAUGGGAAGGAUCCUUUCCAAAGAGACUAGGUUACAGACUUGACUUUAUUUGUAAUAAUGGUUUUCUACCAAAAAGUAAAGAUUCUUGGCAUUCAUCGUACUGCACUAUUCGUGGCUGGAAUCCAGAACCCAAAUGCUUCAAAAAAUGUGAUCAUCCUCAACAAAUUCAACAUGGUGCAUUUAACUAUCACAGAUGGUCUAUAUACAUAGAGGGUGAUGACAUUACAUUGAGCUGUGAUACAGGAUAUUAUCCUGCAAAUCAGCAAACAAAAAUCAUGUGCACAAAAAAUGGCUGGUCACCAACUCCAAGUUGCGUUUCUCCAGUGGAUGUGGAAAAAUGUGGUCGCCCACCUUCUAUUGAAAAUGGAGAUAUUCAUGAUCUUGUAAAAGAACAAUAUGAAUCCGGUGAACGUGUGAUAUACAAAUGCCAACGUUUCUACAACAUGGAAGGAAAUGCAGCAGUAAAUUGUCAAAAUGGCAAUUGGUCGGACACCCCAAAGUGCAUAGAUGUAACUUGCAGAGAACCUCCUGUAGUUGCUAAUGGUGAUAUUCUUGUAGCUAGAUCCCAAGUCUAUCUUCCUGGCCAAGAGGUGCGUUAUGAAUGUCAUGAAGGUUUUGAAAUAUUUGGACCAAAAAUUGUAAGAUGUGAUAAUAAGGCAUGGUCUGAACCACCAACAUGUGAAGUAGAUGGAUGUCCUCCUCCACCUGACAUUCUGCAUGGUCAGCUUCGAGGAAAUAAAAAGCAAAAGUAUUCACCUAAUGAAACCAUGGAGUAUCAGUGUGACAAUGGAUACUAUAUUUCUGGAUCUCGUACAAUAACGUGUUUAAAGAAGCAAUGGUCAGAAGCACCCCAGUGCAGAGCUAAUGUAGAAAAAUGUGGCCGCCCACCUUCUAUUGAAAAUGGAGAUAUUAUUGAUCUUUUAAAAGAUGAAUAUAAAUCAGGUGAACGUGUGAUAUACAAAUGCCAACGUUUCUACAACAUGGAAGGAAAUGCAGCAGUAAGUUGUCAAAAUGGCCAUUGGUCGGACACCCCAAAGUGCAUAGUUCCAUGUACAGCAAGUCAAGAAGACAUGGAACGCAAUAAUAUAAGGCUGAGGUGGACUGGGAAGGACAAAUUAUAUUUCACAGCUGGAGAUGUAGCAGAAUUUGCCUGUAAAUGGGGCUACCGUCCACAUCCAUCUUCACCUGAAUUCAGAGUACGAUGUGUCAAUGACACAUUUGAAUAUCCACGAUGCAUACGUAUAUAAAUAUAAGGAAUGGGGAGAAGUGGACAAGAUUUUUAAUGAGCAUGUCAUCAACAGAAAAUAUAGUUCAAUUAUCUUCAAUGGCUUAAAAUUACUCUAUAUAAUUGCAAAUACAUUUUUCAAAGAUUAUAUAUUACACAUAUACUUUUACUGAACUGUGAACCUUUUAGUUAACAUGUAUUUUUUAGAAAACAAAACUCCAAUAUUUGUAAAAGGUGAAGUUAUAAAUGUAAUUCAAUUUCCAAACAAGCAAGCCUAUUGAAAGGAGAAAAAAUCACCUGAAGCUGAAAAUGCAUGCACUGUGCAUGUGAACUGGGAAUGAGGUUCAACAGGUUAAGAACACAGUAGCUGUAUGUAAUUUCAGUAGUUACAUUUUGUUUGUAAGAUGUUUAUGCAUUAUGAAAAAUAAAAUAAAAAGCACCUAUUUGCAAAA